UAAUGUCAGUAUAUUACUGUCAAAAAUGUCACGUUGAAGAAAUUUUGAUUCUGGUUAUUGUGUAAUUUCAGAUUUGUUUUAAACAUUGCAGACAAUUUAAUAUACAUAAUGUUUAAAUUACUUAGUAGACAUGGACGGCGGAGUGGUGUAAUUAGUAUGUUCUGUGAAAAGAACAUUGAGGUUAGAAAAGCAAAGGUAUUUUACUUCUACUCUUCAGCAAAUUCUGUGCGAUUCGCUUCCUCUGGUACUGAUGCUGGGAAAACAACACCUUUAGUUGAUGCUAUUCCAGAGCCGCCACCGGUACCAGAUCCGUCGACUAUUUCCGAUUUAACAGAAGCCGUUCAGACUUUGGCUGCAAAUGGCGAACCUACUUUUGCCAGUCUUGGUCUUGGAGGAUGGGGGCCCGUGGGGAUUGUACAGAACUGCUUAGAAUACCUACACAUCUCACUUGAUGUUCCUUGGUGGGGUGCCAUCAUGAUUGGAACUGUAGUAGUGAGGGUUCUUAUGUUUCCUCUUGUUAUUGUUUCGCAAAGAAAUACUGCAAUUAUGAAUAACAACUUACCAGAAAUACAAUUACUCCAAAUGAAAAUGACACAAGCCAGACAAACUGGAAAUCAAUUGGAUGCAGCUCGUUAUGGACAAGAAAUGGUGCUAUUUAUGAAAGAUAAAGGCUUAAGUCCUUUAAAAAAUCUUCUUGUGCCCCUAGCACAAGCUCCUCUUUUUAUUUCAUUUUUCAUGGGCUUAAGAGGUAUGGCGAAUUGUCCUGUAGAGAGUAUGACAUAUGGAGGAUUGUGGUGGUUUACAGAUUUGACUGUACCUGAUCAGUACUUUAUCUUACCUGUCAUAACAAGUCUUACGAUGUGGGCGACAAUUGAAGUGGGCGUGGAUGGUGGACGUCUUGAUUCCCAAAACAUGCAUUUGAUGAGGUACUUCCUAAGAGCAAUUCCACUUGUCAUGAUACCUUUUACAAUAAACUUCCCCGGAGCAAUAUUAGUUUAUUGGUGUUCAACUAACUUCAUUUCUCUGUGUCAAGUAUCUUUCUUGAAGAUACCAGCUAUAAGAGAAUAUUUCAAAAUACCUAAACUUAUUAAACACAGUCCAGAAACUUUACCGAUUAAGAAAAAGGGAUUUGUUGAUGGUGCAAAGGAAUCGUGGACAAAUAUGAAGCUGUCGAGAGAUUUAGCGGACAGGCAAAGAAUUGAUGAAAUGAUUUUCACUAAAGCUGGAAAGGGGCCCUUACAAAAAACUUAUAAAUAUGAUCCUACAAAAGUAAUAAAAAUAGAGGCCAAAACUAAAUAAUGGUUACAUUAAAUAUAGUUUUAGUUUGUAGUAAUGUAAUAAAUUUUGUUUUAAUAAUCUAAA